AUGCUUGUCCAUCCCCCCUUCCAUCUUCUUAUCCUCAUAGGAGGCACAACGGCAGCCCUAAGCCCGCUCCCAGUCCGGAGCGAGGGCGUCGAAUGGGGCCCCUGCUCCGACGUGUUUCUCAGCCCCAUGCCUAUCGAGUGCGGCAAUUUGACAGUCCCCCUGGACUACGCAAACUCCAGCUCUAGCGAAACUAUCAACUUAGAGCUCCUUAAGGUGAAGGCUCUCAACGGGCCCUCGAAAGGAAGUAUUCUCUUCAACUUCGGAGGGCCCGGAGUUGGCACCAGAAUCAGCUUGGCCGAACGGGCCAACCUUCUGCAAGCUGUUACAGGUGGCAAUCAUGACCUGAUUAGUUGGGAUCCAAGAGGGACAGUCAACACCACCACGUUCAAAUGCGGCACGGGAGCGUUCGAAGGUUAUGAAUACAUUCCGGGAACACCGGGCAACAGCUCAGAUCGUCGUGCCACGGGACACCAAUGGGCAUCCGCGACUGCAUGGGCUAAUACGUGCUACCUGAAUCCUGAGUCAAGGGAAACAGGCAGCCGCAUCGGCACAGCAUACACCGUCAGAGAUUCGGAUGAGUUUUUACCCGUAGUUGACAGAGUUGUGGGCAGCAGCCGGAGUAUUGGUCACUAUGGCGUUGCGGUUCAGAUGCUCUGUGCCCAAUGGAGAAUCGAGGCCAGAGAGACAUACAAAGGCGACUUCAAGGUCAAUACAAAGAACCCACUUCUUAUCUUCAGCAACACUUUGGACCCCGCAACUCCUCUUCGUUCUGCUCUCAACGUUAGCGAGACGUUCGAGGGCAGUGUUUUUCUUCAAUCUGAAGGCCUCGGUCACGGUUGGAGAACCCACCCAUCGCUCUGCGUGGCCAAGGCUUUUCAAAAGUACUUCGACGAAAGCGUUCUGCCGGAACCUGGAACAAAGUGCAAGACCGACUUUGCUGCUUUCGAUGUCACAAACACCUCAUGGGACGAGCUCCUGCCACAGCUUGGUUUCGAGCCAGUGACCCGGAGGAGCAAUCAACUUUAUGACUAG